AAUUUAAUUUAAUUUCUAAUUGAAAUUAUCAAUUGAUUGAAUUCGAAUUUCCUCCUUACAAGACAAAUUAAUCUUUCGUUCAUUCCUGGUAUAAUUUUCUUUUUUGCCUUCGAUUCCAUUGAAAUGAUUGUUGUUGUUGUUGGUCAUUUGAAUUGUUCAAUUACAACAUUAUGAUGAUCAUUUAAUUUGAUUGUCAAGAUAAUUUACUUUUACUAAUUGUGAAUUUAAGUUCUCUGUUAAUUUGUCUUUUGCGAACAAUUUAAUCAAUCUUCAUGUAUCAAGUGUAUCUAUUAUUCAUGUUAAUUAAGUCAACACCUUAAGCUUGUCACCUGGAAUUGUUUUCUUUUGGUUACUCUGAUUUGACUGUUAAUCUAUUGAUUGUCUAUUGAUUGAUUGACAAAUCAAUAGAUUCUUCAAGAAUUUAGUUAGUGAUCAAUGUAAAAAGGUUUCUUCUUAAUCUUUUAAGUGUUACCCUUUAAAGCAAAAAAAAGGAACCAUUGAAGAACCGAUGUCUCUUAUUGAUGGAAACAAUUCUUAAUGAAAUGUUGUCAAUAUUAACCAAUCAGUUGGAACAUAUGUUUAAGCUUCUCUAUUUACUAAGUUUUACUCUUUAAAUGAAAAAGCUGCGAUUGUUUUUUAAUUGUUUCAUUUUCUUUGACAAUUUACCCUCAUCAAGUUGAUUCUAAUUAUCGGUGUAACAUAAACAAUCAACCAGUAACCUUGAUUGAAAAGAGGUAAAUACUUGAAUGUAAUUUUCCAAGGGCAAGGGUAAAUUUCACCAACAACAACAUUCAUAUUCCAGAUACUAAUCAAUUCAAUCAUAAUGUUUUAUCAGUGUGCCAAUUGAAUUAUCUCUCGACAUUUUCUUUAAUCAUUUAAACUCCUCUUUUAAUUGUUUCUGCUCACUUCAACUCUCCAUACAAUUAACAUGAUAAAUUGAGAUGAAAAUCUCAUCUUCAUUUUCAUUUCAAUCAAGUUUUCUGGUUCAACAUUUAUAGUUGCCCUUUUCUCUUCCUGUUUUCUAAUUGACCCUCCUCUCCAAUGACCCACCCAACAUUUUUAUUGAUUUAAUUAACUUCUCACUAAUUUAUUUCUCAUCCAUUGGAAUAUCAAUCUACUUAAAUACAUUUAACAUUUAAAUUCUCAUCUAACAAUAAACCUUCUCUCUCGUUUUUACUCAUCUUAAAUUGUUGCAAUUACUGUUCUGGAUCAACAAUGUCGAGAGUUAUUCUGGUUACUGGUGGUGCAGGUUUUGUUGGAAGUCAUUGUGUUCUAACUCUGCUUGAAGCUAAUUAUGAAAUAAUUGUCAUGGACAAUUUAUCUAAUGCCAUUUGCACCGAGAUAAAUCAAAAUUGUUUACCUGAGAGCUUACGGCGAAUUGAAUUAUUAACAUCGAAAAAGGUGAAAUUCUUUAAUACCGAUUUAUUGGAUGAAAGAGGAAUCGGUCAAAUAUUCAGAGAUCAUAAGAUUGGUGCUGUUAUGCAUUUCGCUGGACUUAAAGCUGUUGGUGAAUCGAUGGUUAAACCAUUAGAAUAUUAUGAGAAUAAUGUUACUGGAACAAUUAAUUUACUCAAAGUUAUGAGAAAAUAUAAUGUUAAAAAUUUAAUCUUCUCUUCAUCGGCUACCGUUUAUGGUUUACCACAAUAUCUACCAAUUGAUGAGAAUCAUCCAACUGGUUCAACAAUUACCAAUCCUUAUGGAAGAACCAAAUUUGUUAUUGAACAAAUUCUCAGUGAUUUAUCUAAUAGUGAAAAGGAUUGGUGUAUUGUUUCACUUCGUUAUUUUAAUCCAAUUGGUGCUCAUGAAUCUGGAGAGAUUGGUGAAGAUCCACAAGGAAUUCCUAACAAUUUGAUGCCUUUCAUUUCUCAAGUUGCUGUUGGUCGUCGACCUAAACUCCAAGUAUUUGGUGAUGAUUUCAAGACCAAAGAUGGAACCGGGGUCAGAGAUUAUAUCCAUGUCAUGGAUCUUGCCUGGGGUCAUGUCAUCGCCUUGGACAAACUUUUCCAGAAUAAAUGGUCAGGAUAUAAAAUCUUUAACCUUGGUAAUGGUUGUGGUCUCUCAGUUUUAGAGGUUAUCACAGCAUUUGAAAAAAUCACUGGAGUUAAAGUACCGUAUGAAAUUGUCGCUCGUAGACCUGGAGAUGUUGAUGCCAUGUACGCUGAUAAUAGUAAAGCGAUCGAAUUACUUGGCUGGAAACCUAAUUACACAAUCGAUGAUAUGUGUAAACACACUUGGAAUUGGCAAUCAAAGAAUCCAAAAGGCUAUCGAACUGAUAAUUCCUAAGCUGACCAAUCAAUUUUUAACCAACAACAAAAAAACCAGAGCAUCUAAAACAUUUAAUUCGAGGCCUUAAUUUCAUUAUUUUGAUCUUUGCCUUUUAAUCCAGUGCAAUAAUAUACUUCAAAUAGUUAACACAAUUCAAGGUUUCCGGGUUUUGAUUAUCUUUUUCGUACAAACAAACAAACAAACAAACAAUCAAAUAAAUAAAUUAUUCCAAUUAA